AUGGUAAACCAGUUAGCAACAGAUGUUCCCUGGAUUGUUGGGAUGCAUGUUGGACAACAACAUAGUGAGGAUGAGAUUACUUGGCCAAUAAGCAAGGAUGGAAAGUAUAGUGUGAAAAGUGGCUAUAGAGUGGCGAAGGCUAUUAACAAAGCUCAAGAGGGAGGGUCGAGAGGUGACUACAAAGAGAAAUGGUGGAAAGCUUUAUGGAAGUUGGAAGUCCCUCCGAAAGUCAAAAUCUUUUGGUGGAAGGUCUGUCAUAAGUGGAUACCUGCUAAAGUUUGUCUAAAAAGGAGAGGUAUGGAUUUGAACACUACUUGCUCUUUGUGUAAGAUUGAUGAGGAAAGAGUGGGACAUGCUUUGUGGUGGUGUAAACUAACAAAAGAGUUUAGUAAGUUUGUUGUGGUCUCCUGGGCGACGUGGGAGAGAAGGAAUAAGGUGGAGCAUGGGAGUUACUGUGCGGAGGGGACUGCCUUAGUUGAUUGGGCUUUGUCCCUUUUAUCUUAUGAUAAAACUCUGUGUAAAAUUAAUGCUCAGGAUAAAAGAAACCAUACGCCUAUUGACAUGAGUACUUGCAGGUGGAAACCGCACUCGUCGAAAGAGAUACACAUUAAAUAUGAUGCUGCAGUUUACUUGGAAGUACCUAGUUUUAGCAUUAGUUUUGUUGCCAGGAAUCACUUGGGUGUAUUGGUAGGGCAUACUGGUAUUUGGGUGCCUAGAUACUCUUCAGUGGAAGCAGCUAAAGCUAGGGCAAUUCUCAGCACUUUGGACCUUGCUGGAAGUCUUCAAUUAUCCAUGUUUAGCAUUGCUUCUGAUCACCAAAAGGUGGUUAAUGCUAUCAAGAAUGUUGGCUCGUAUUGUACAGACUUUGGGGUUGUUAUUUUGGAGAUUAGAUCCCAUUGUAUGUUUACAAGUUGUGCUAGCAUUUGCCAUACUCCUAGACUAUGCAAUUUAGCUGCUCAUAAUGUUGCAGUUCUUAGCCGUAAGCUUAGGAUAAACCAGAAUUCCAGGAAAGGAGGCAAAAAACAAUGGUAUGAAUCAGGCUCUAAGAAAGGAGAGGAAUACAAACUCAACCUGAAGGAUUUGCAAGCAAUUCCAUGCCUUAUCGAUACUGAGGUCAGUGUUGAAGCGGUCGAUGAAGCAACACAAAGAAGGGAAGAAGCAGAAUGGCCUUGUUGA